CACCGUCAACUCUGUGGUAUUUUUACGUGAUUGUUGAAUUCAAGCAGGUACAUACAUAAAAUAAAAUGAUUUUUAUUCACUGUGCCGUGUAUGUCUUUGCGAAUUCAUAAGUGUAUUAAAAAACUAGUGAAAAUUAAUUGCAGCCAAGCUAUUACGUGAUUUAGAAACGAAUGACGGAACAAAUAUUUCACAUAGUGAUAAUGUGCAAAAUACGUAAAAGUAUAUUUUGCAAUUUACUUAUUUAUGUUCAUUAUAUUCGAAUAUUUUGAUUUCUGAAGAUCAACUAAUCUUUUAGUAGUUUCUUGUAGUUUUGAAAUGGAGCUCUAAAAGUGGAAUCUUGUGACCGUUUUAGUGCAGUUGGAAAAUGAAAUAGCAGUACACCCCAAAUAAUGCCAUGUACGCCCAAGAUAACAGAAGAAAAGAACCGAAAGAUGUCAUAUAUCGCAGCAAUUCAAGUCUUGACUUGAUAUAUGCCGAGCAUCCGUCUGGGAAUGGUCUGAGACGUGAGUAUGGAAGUCACGGAUCAAUCGACGUGAUCGGUGGAGCUAACGAGCGACUGCCCGCGAUGGUGCACAACUACAGCGGAGUAUCAGGCCCAGACAAACCUCAGGAGCUGGGCCGAGCAUCCGAGAGACUUGCAGACGUCGUCAAUAGCGACCACGCUGACGGACCGCCACCAAGAGCUAGUGCCAGCCCCAAACCACGUUUAAAACUCAAUAAGCUUUGGGGCGGGGCUGGAACCGCGAUUUCACGCCAACCUCUCGACGAUGUGUCCAUCACAAGUAUCCCAGACAGCAGUAAAAGAAAACAAUUCGCCCAUUAUGACUGCCAAUCUUUAAUGGCAAAUUUAAGUUAUGCAGCUGAAGUGAGAGGAGCAUUGCUCAGUCGCAGACGUAAUACAACCACAGGAGCUUCUGCUGCAUCCUUGCUUGCCACUCGUGGCCUGCCCCCGGGGGAAGAUUCUGUACCAGACACAGGAGAUGGACGAUCUAAUGAGUUGCUUGAAAGCUGCCCUUUCUUCAGGAAUGAACUUGGAGGGGAAGAGGAAAGAUGUGUUUCCUUGUGCUGGAAAACUGCUCGAGGUGCAAUCCCAGGUCAGUCUGGGGGCUGGCAUCGUCCCCGAGCCGCAUACGGUCUGUCCAUGCUAGAGUUUCCACCAGGCCAGACGCAUUGGCGCAACGGCUGCCCCUUCGCAAGAUCAUUGUCACCGCUUCCCAUCGAGAGCCAAGACCAAGGUGCUUUGUAUUACCGCAACUACUUUUAUAACCAACCCCAUCAAAACUGGUUCGGAAUGGAUGACAGUCUGGGUCCAAUAGCAAUAUCAAUAAAAAAGGAGCGAGUUCAAUUAAAACGUGACAGCAGUGGCGACGCUUCCGAACCGUUGUUCCAAGUCGUCUGGCAGUACCGGCUUGUCAUACGCACGUCGGAACUGCUUACCCUACGCGGAUGCGUGCUUGAAGAUGCAUUGUCGAAUGUAAAGCCGACCAACAGUGCAACUUAUAACACUAAAGAAGUACUGGAGUAUGUCGCACCUGAAUUGCAGUUGAAUUGUUUGAGGCUUGGUAUUACAAAUAGCGGUGCUGAAGAACAAUUACUUCGACUAGACGAGCAGUGCGUCACCCGUCAUUAUAAAGUAGGGGUAAUGUAUUGCAAAAGUGGUCAGUCCACCGAGGAGGAAAUGUAUAACAACCAGGAAGCGGGACCAGCGUUUGUCGAAUUCCUACAAAUGUUGGGCCAAACUGUCAGAUUAAAAGACUUUGACAAUUACAAGGCGGGAUUAGACAUCAAGUCAGACUCCACAGGCUUAUACUCUGUCUUCACAACUUACCAAAACUGCGAUAUAAUGUUUCACGUGUCGACGAUGCUUCCAUACACACCGAAUAACAGACAGCAGUUGUUGAGGAAACGGCACAUUGGCAACGAUAUUGUGACUAUAGUAUUCCAGGAGCCCGGCGCGGCACCAUUUACCCCACGAAAUAUUCGUUCGCAGUUCCAACACGUGUUUAUAAUAGUGAGGGCAAUAGACCCAUGUACAGACAACACGCAUUACAGUAUAGCUGUUAGUAGGGCUAAAGAAGUGCCUUUAUUUGGACCUCCAAUAAAAGAAGGAGCUGUCUACCCCAAGGGAGAAACGUUUACGGACUUGCUUCUUAGUAAGGUAAUAAACGGCGAAAAUGCCGCGAUCCAAUCACCAAAGUUUAGCACAAUGGCCACGCGCACGCGACAAGAAUAUCUUAAGGAUUUAGCCAAAAAUUACGUGACCGCCACUACAGUGGAGAGUGGACAAAAGUUUUCACUUUUGUCAUCCCUGCUGAUGAAGAGCGGCAACAACUCUAACAACAACGCGGUUUUGCCCCGCGUCAACAACUGCACCAACGACGUACUCGUCGGCGGAGCGCUCUGCUUCCAUGUGCAAGUACAAGACGAGGGUGCCGGGGGGACUGUCCUAGAGUGCAUCAUGGGGGUCUCUGCCGAUACCAUCGUGUUAGUGGAGGACAGCACGCGGCAGAUCAUACUCGUCAUACCCACAUAUACGUUAUUAGGCUGGGCGUGCAGCGGCGGCUGGUGGCGCGUGUACUACCACCGCGGCGCGUCCGUGCGCGUGCGCGGCGCGGCCGACGCGCUGUGGCGCCGCCUGGCCGCCGUGGCGCCGCCGCACGCCGCCGCGCUGCCCGAGGUGGCGCUCGAGCGCGGCACCGCGGCGCAACUCGGGUUCCACGUGCAGCCGGACGGGCUGGUGACGGCGGUGGAGAGCAGCGGGUGCGCGGCGCGGGCGGGCAUGCGGCGCGGCGCGCGCCUGCUCGAGGUGUGUCGCGCCGCCGUCGUCGCGCUGCACCACGAACAACUCGUCGACCUGCUCAAGACGUCCGACCCGGUCACCGUGCGCGUGACGUUCGCGACGGGCGGCAAGUGCCAGUGCGAGAGCGGGCUGGAGGAGGUGGUGCCGGGGCGCGCGGACGCGCAGCAGCCGAGCCGCCGCCGCGCCGACCGCGCCCUCUCGCCCCCGCGCUCCGACAGCUCCGGAUACGGCACCGGCGGGUCGGCGCGCAGCGCCCGCCGGUCGCCGCAGUCGUCGCCGGUGACGGACGCGGUGCUGCGGCGCCGCUCGCACGACGACUCCGCCUCGCCGCGACACUCGCGACAGAAGCGCGCCUCCGCUAACACCAGCUCGCUAACGGAAGAACUGAUGCGUCUUAUGGACGCGGGGUUAAGUGAUACACGCGCUAAUAGCGCAUCAAGCCUGUCAGGGCCUAAUAUAAGCAGCAGUGGUGGAAUAGGCGGCGGCGUGAAUAGUGGUACUGGAAUAGGAGGCGGCGCCGGAAUGGGCGGGCCAACAGCUCAGUCCCGAGCCGCGCCGCUGCCGCUGCCCGACGCCGCGGCGCUGGACUGGGCGACGCUCGUCCACACCGCUACACGAGCUAUGUUGCAGAUUUGUGAAGAACACCAAUCAUAUCCAUCGAUGGACAAUUCUGACCCUUUGCUGGAUCCUAUCAUAUCAGAUAGUGUUAAUGAUUCCUGGUCGGAUAUCACCGCGAACUCUGAGGUGAACUCGCCGAGUGCGGGAGCGCCGACCACGGUCGCAGCAGGGGGCGGAGGGGGCAGUGCGGGCGCGGGCGGCGGGGGCGGCGGGGGCGGCGCGGGCGGCGCGUGCGCGUGCGGGCUGGCGGCGCGCGUGGCGGCGCUGGAGGCCGACGCCGCCGCCUCGCAGCGCACGCGCUCGCAGCUGGAGGACGAGGUCCGUCGCUUGCGUCGUCACAACGCUCGGCUGCGCGACGAGUCCGCGCGCGCCGUGUGGCAGCUGCGACACUUCACGCAGUGGCUCAAGAGGACGGUGGAUCGACAGGAUCGGAUCGAAGAUUAAGAUUGGGAUCAUUUAUUGAAAGCAGCCGUUCGUGACUCCAAUUUGUAUACCUUCCUUUUGGUAUUGCACUAUUAUUUACUUCCGCAUAUAAUUAAUGAAGUUAUUGGUAUGUAUAUGAAUCCAGAAUGGAACAUUUAACGGUCUCCAGUCGAUUACUAUGUCAAUUUUAGAAAUUUAAAACUGUAUGUUUCCAGGACAAGUGUUUUACAUCGGACAAUAUUAAAUCCCUAGUAUGAACAAUGCUUCCUUUUGUAAAAAGGAUGAAGUUGAAAAGCAUUAAAGUAUUUAAAAGAAUCAAAAUUUUAAAGUUUUAUGCACCGUGAUUCAAAUGUUUGAUAGACAUGCUUGUCGAGAAUUUAAAUGCAAUGCGAUGAUUUUCAUGUAGCUUUAAUUAUAGAACGAGUAAGGUUUAACAUUGAAGUCCAAAAUAAUUUUAUUAGUCUUGAGAAUAGAGAAUCGCAAAAUUCCCAAAUAUCCGGAUAGGAACAUGUAAACUUAUAACAGAGUAAAACCCUCCAUGACAUUUAACAGUGCAAUUAUAUUAUGUGUGUAAUUUCCAUACAAUAUUUUUUUAAAAUGUCAACCUAUCCAUGCAAUAAACAUAUAUUAAUCUAAAUUGAAUGGCAUCGUUUCGCUGAAUACGAUUCGGUAAUAAAGAUCUUGUAUUAUGCUUGCAUUUGUAAAAUCUGUGUAUAAUUUCGGUUAAGUAAAACUGGCACAUUCAUAAAAUUCAUACCAAUACAAUCUUACACAGGUGGAUAGUAAUAUUAUUAUUAUUAUUAAAAAUAUCAUGCUAUAUUGUUUGACUUUAUUGAGGAGUGAGCGAUACGUUGUCAUGACAACAGACGUAUGUUUAUUCACAGACACUACACACGCGCAAUAUGUCAAUGUGUUAUACGCGCCAGCUGUAGAUAAUCAAUCUAUACAAUAUAAAUGAAGGCGAUAAGCCUUUUGGCCUAUAUAAUAAUACAAUCUUACGGCCUUACCUAAUGUAUAUGUAUAUCAAUAUAUAUUAUGUCUGUUAUCGUUUUUAGUGCUUUAUCUUUUUGUUAUGAACGACUUUUAACAUCAAAUGAAACGAGACAAUUAAAAACUAUAAUAGACGCAUACAGCUUUUAUAAGUAAAGUUAAAUGUGUAGCAAAGUGAUAGUGAUCAUAGAAUGAAAACGGCUUUAUCUAAUAAAAUUAUUACAUUCGAGUAAUCAAAUAAGGAACCUUAAUAAAGUCCUAUGAAUAUUGUAUAAUACGUAUAUAAUAUGAUCAUAUAUGAAAAUUAAAAUCAGCUCUGUAUCUUAUGAAUUCUGUGCCUUUUCUGUGCUUCUAGUGAAGCCUUUGUUUUUGCGUAGUCUUUACGUACCUAAUGUUAGCUUGUCAUGUAUAUAUAAUAUUACGUGUAUUCCCGUUAAUGGGUUUGUUUGUUGUGCAGGAUUUUAUCCAAAUGAAAUGUAAUUUAAUUGUUCAAAAUGUGAAGAUUAGUUUUAUUUGAAAUAUUUUCAGUCUGAGGAUUUGUUUUAAUCAUUGAAACAUUGAAAUCGUAUUAGGACAAGCCCACAGUGCAAAAUCUUAUAUUUACCUAUAUUUUUUUAAGUUUUACGUCUUUGUAGAAAUUAAUUAAAUAUACCAGGUAAAAAUGCUUUAAAUGACCCAAAUAAUGAUUUGCUUGCCGUUAACUGAUCUUGCUACAAUCAAAAUAUAGCUGUAGAAACGAAUUUUUAUUGAGGAGAUGGAAUCACGGUCCACAUGAAUUUUAAUCUCGCAUUCUACUAGGGUAUUUGUUUUGUACAUGGUCCCAUGAUAACAGCUAAAAAUAAGUAAAUGAAUCCCUUUUGUAAAACCGCAUUAUGAUUGGUUUAGAACUGAGACAGUAUUGCUAAUAUAUAUUAUUCAUAUUUCAGAUAUUGCAAUGUGCAGGAAUGAACACGUAGUUGGGAUAUCGUUCUAUCUCAAUCGUUCUAUCUCAACUAAUUGUAAUUCCCCGUGGGGAAUGACAUCACGUUCAUAUAUGGAGUCUCUUUUAUGGUUUCUUUUAGCUUUCCCCUUCUACCAAAUUCAAAAGUAUAAUUUGUCCAUAUUUUACCCGAUUUUAAUAAGUCUUUCUGUGUUAGAAUUUAUAUGGCGUAUAUAUUUAAUAAAUAUGAAGAACAAAAAAGAGUAAAGUACCUUAUUCCAUGUAUUAAGGAAUGGCAAUGAACAUUACUUUAUUGCAAUGUGAGCUUGCCCUAUGGAUACUUUUGUCGUAACAUAUUACAAAAAAACUUAUUUAUUAUUAUACCUACAUAUAUUUCAUUUUACUAUUAAGCUUAUUUAUUAAAAUCAAAUGGUGAAUACUUACAAGAGUAUAUACUUGUAGAGUCCGUUCUUGUGAUAAGAAGAGGCUUGAUGAUAAAAACACACUUUUUUGCAAGUGACUUAAAAACUGUCAUUGUUCCAAAAUGAAGUAAUGUUUUUGAAUACACCUUUCGCUGAUAUAUCAGAUUUAAGUUUCUAUGUUGUUUUUUUUUACUGCUUAUAAUGAGACGAGCCUGUCAUUUGCUUGAUGGUAAGCGAUACUACCGCCCAUAAACAGUAAAAACACUAUCCCACACCUUGAACUACAAAGUAUUGUUCAGUAUUCCACUGCGCUCGCCAUCUUGAGACAUGAGAUGUUACGUCUUAUUAUGUCCAGCAGUUACACUGGCUACAAUGUUCUUCAAAUCGAAACAAAAAAGUGACUAAACACUUCUGCUAGGCGGUAGAAAAAAGAAAUAGACAUUGCGAUGGUACCUACCCAGGCGGACUCUCACAUAUGAGAGACCUACCACGAGUAUUUUUUAUCUUAAAAUAACCAGACAGACAGCUGGAAGUGCAUAUAAUUUCAAAAUUGCAAAUAUAAAUAUGACACUACAAACUUCACGUCAUAAGAUAUGGUUAACGUUAAGAUGUUCUGUAACCAGUAAAUAUUCUAGUGAGUGUUCACGCUAAAAUUUUUGUACUUAGUUUCUACAAAAUUAUAUUAGUUUAUAUUUCCACUACCAAACAAUUAGUUUCAGAAGUACAAUUUAAGAAUUUACACGAUUUGCUAGUUCGUGAAUUAUCUUAAUGCAAUUAUAGGCAGUGCCUUUAAAAUUAUAACUUCCAAUAUACAACGGACUUGUUCAUAAUUACAAUCACAAUUUGUAAUCGAUCGUAUAUUUGUGAUGUUAUUCAUUGGACAUGCCUAUGGCAUUCAUGCUUUAUUAGAUUCCAUAGUUUUAGUAAUAAGUAUAUUUGAACUUAUAAGGAGAACACCAAUUAUUAUAAGAAAGAGUUGAACUCAAAUGCGUGGAGUGUAGUGUACGUUACAGAUAAAUUAUAUACUGCAUCCGUUUGCGAAUGAUUCAGAUAUUUGGAAACAGUCGUUGGUCCGCGAAGUGUUCUGAAAAAUUAUGAUUUAAACAUUUUUCCAUAAAUUAAUAGUAUUAUAUAAAUUAUUUUCAUCUCUUGUCACAUGCGACAGAAGCGCCACAAAGAAAAGUUACUUUCAAUCCUGAAAAAGUGAUCAGGGAUUUCCGAGAGAGAAUUUUCAUGUGAUUUUAAUAAUGAAUAUAAACGAUAUAUAAGGAGUUAAGAAUUUUCCUUAUAACAUGGUCAUCAUAUAGUUUGAUUUGAAUGACAAUAAAUAUGUUAUUAUCCGGCCUAACGAGUGUUUGUAAACUGACAACGCCGAUGCAUGUUACAUGUUAGUUUGUUUGCGACAUAUAAACUAAAGCUAGUGAGCAAUGAACACGCAGAUUGCGCAGAGUUGUAAGUAGGUAAAUUGUAAAGUACAUUGUCCAGCCUGCAUUCAUUCUCAUUGGAAUGUAUCCACUCACACCCAUUUGAAUUUGACCGUAUUGUUAUGACGAUUAUUUAAUAAAAAUUAAGUACCUUGUAUACUAGUAAAUUAAUAAACAUUUAAAUUAUUUAUAAUCAGUGUUUUAACCGAUCGCCGUUUUGUAACUUUCUUUCUUAAUACUGAAAAUGUCAUAAGAGUGAAAGAGAUAAAGCACUGAUUAAAACUGUUUAUAAGUAAGGGGUUUAAUUCUAAUUUAAAUACAGACUUGAAAACCUGCCAAAUAUUAAUACAAUAAGAAAAUUUUGUAAGCACAAACUAUAAUUGUUUAAAGUUAUGUUUAUAGACUGAACAUAGUUCAUAUUGAAAACUCGAUGGAUUUUCUUUAGGCUUACAUAAUGUAGUUUCAAAUUCUUUUGCUUCGCUUCGAAUGCGUACAUUUUUACUUAGCUUUGCAAAAGAGAUUGAUAAGGUUUUAAUAUAUGCUCAGUUAUUAUUCAGAGGAUAUUGUAUAAUUUACACAAGUUUGUAGACAUGUUUGAGGUGCUUCAUACAAUAUGUUGGACUUCAUACAUUAUUUUACAAAAUCAAUGUAUGAGGCAGUGCGGGGCCUAUUUCAUAUCUGAUCACUUGCUGUCGUCUCCGUUGUAUUUCAUAUUUGUCAUUUAUGUAUAUAUGAGUCUCAAGUAUUAGGUAUAAUGACGAAAGCUUUAUUAAUUUAGACUAGUUUAAGGUUGUUUUAUCGUUAAUGUAAGAUAUUUAAAGCUUUUGAGAUUAUUUGUGCAUUCUUAUUUCUAAAUUAUUGAUCUCUUGAAUAUUUUUUUAUCACAUGUCGAAUGCCUCGUUGCUAUUUGUUACCAAUGUAUUUAAAUACAAUUUAUUAUAUUAGUAAUUGGUAUUACUACUAUGUAUAUUUGUCCGUUUUUCGAGUUAACGUCGAUUUUCUUCGCAAUCUCCACCGGCAUCAUGUAUUCUGACGGGAAAGGAUUUGAUACACUUCGCACGUGUCGCUUCCAAAUCUAAUAACGGGUAUAGUAGAAAUAGAGUACCUACUUAGUGCAGACCACUUGUACGAACAAUUAGAACAUAGACUUAAUACAAAUUUACAAAUAUCGAAAAACGAUGCACGCCCUGAAGCUGAAAAUACAGACUGGGUUCGAGCCCAAAAGCAAUCUUGAUAUGUAUUUAUCCAUUUGUAAACGUGUGACCAAAUAUAUUAUGUACGCCCGAUCAUAGAAGGAAAAUAAUUUUGGUGAACAAUGUUACAGUGACACAUCUGCCUAUCCCUAUAAGGGUGCGGGUGUGAGUUUAUGGUUAUAAUAAUAACAGUGCCUUAUACGUAGAUUAUAAUGAUAAACUGUAAAUUGUGUUACUAUUGGUAGCAAUUAUGUAUCGUUCGCGCAAGAGCGAUUCGUAGAGUCAAUUAACUUUAGUGCUUUUAGCAACGGGACUUUUUCGACUGGUAUAUAUAUGAUCUUUAUCAAUUAAAUAUGUAUAAAAUUGAAGGUUCACUUUCAAAAGAUUUUGACAAUUUAAUAUUUAGCUGUCUUUUCAUUUAUAUUUCCAGAAGGUAAGAUUAAAUUCGACAUGGCAAAAUUUCGACACACAUUGUUUUGAAAAAAGUGCAACUACAUGAUCAGUCAUAUAUAUAUUAUUAAUCAGAGUUGUGAGCGCCGUAUUUCUUGAUUAUGAAUGCCUCAAAAACACCAAUUUUAAUGUUUUUCAAUCUAGAUGGUAAAUCAUUUGAACAGAGAGAGAUAAAUAUAAAAUAAUGAUUUGAAAUUAAACGCGCAUUCGUCAGAUUAAAAGGUGAUUUUUUAUUUUGUAGACAAUACUUACAUGACGCACUUAAGUACAUGACAAGUCAAAAGUAAAAACUGUAACUACCUAUAUUGAUUGCAUAUUUAUAUUACAAAGCAUUUUUCUUUUAAAACGCAAUAAUAUGAGUAAGUAUCCGUAAUGAGAAUGAAUAAUCAUAAAUUAAAUAUUUUCUGAGUAUCGUAUGGAUGUAUUGGUUUCUAACUAAAAUUAACCUCCGAUGAAUAUAUAAAUACCUUUUAGCGGGUAAGAAAUCUUUUUGAAAGUGUGCUCUCAAUUAUGCCGGCUUUACUUACAUUUGCACUGCAAAGUAAAGAACGUCAAGACUGCUAUUGACAUCCCUGCGGAAUCAUUAACAAUAUGAGAUGGUCGCUCAUUAUUUUGUCUAACAAAAUAUGUUGUGGAUAUUUUGAAUGCACAUUGAAAUUCGUGAGGUAUGGGAAUAAGAAUGUUACAAAUGUCUAGACUAAGUUAAGUUUAUGUCGUAAAUUAUUCUAUGUUGUCAUUUAAUGUGUUCGAAAAUAGCAAUUUUGACACGUUUCAUGUUAUAAAUGCAUGUUUUUGAAAGCGAGUGAACCUAAAUAAUAACUGAAAUAGGUAUUUUGUAGCCAAAUGCUAUAUGUUUUAGCUUUUAUUUCAUGUUCUUGAUACGUCCAAUGAACAUAUUUAUUCAAACCUAUUUUUGAUUAUAGUACAUAUUUAAUCCACGAGAAGGAACCAUAUGUAAAGUGUACUGAAUGGCAGCCUUGCGUUGUUUCAACUACAAUACACUUUAUUGAUUCUUAAAAAGAAAUAUAUGUCAAUCAGUGAAAUAAUUGCGCCUACGCUACUUUAUACAAAUACCCACCAUUCAUUUUAGAAUACGUAAGAUUAUUUUUAGAUAAUAUUUGUUUUGUAAUUAAAUAGUUCCAAGUGUACUUUCUAUAUCUAAGCAAUAUAAAAUUCUUUAAAAAAUAUAUUAUGACAGCAUGCAAAUUACAUAUGGGUUGUUAAAUUAUUCGCCAACGUUUUCUAACCCGGUAAGAACAGAAUAGUCUAAACAUCUUCGGCAGCUAAAGCACAAUACUGAGCAUUUUUAGGCUAUAUUAAUAUAAUAAUAUAACAGAAAACAAAAUUCCUGUUGUCUGGUAUCUUUGAAUAUUCUUUGAUGUAUGUGAAUAUUUUUUUGUGUAACCAAAGCAAUUACUGUUAACCUCCAUAUUAUGAAUUUGGGUUUUUCUUGACGCAUUGUCAAUGUUUGUAAACUUAACUUUUAUUUGUAUUUUGUAAAUGUUUAUAAUGAACAUUCCAAUAAAAUUACCCAUAUACCAAAUACUUA